UUUCCCACAUGACCUGAUAUCAGCUUACAUGGCUAACGCAAAAUGAAUUUCAAUGUUUAAGUUAGCAACAAAAACAUUUAUCAAUAGUGACAAAGAUGGCUUCCAAUUUGGAGAGUUCAAUUUAUAAAGAAUCAGACUCGUUGUUUGACUUUUCUUGUUUUACGUGUCAGGAAAAUGAUAAAAAUACAGAGGCUGAAUUUUACUGUGAGAAAUGUUCCAAGUUAUAUUGUGGUAAAUGUUUGGAGCUUCAUAACUCACUUUUUAAGAAGCAUGCAACUUUGGGUAAGAAAAACAUCAGCCAGUGGCCACAGGCCAAUGUGGAUGCACUAGAGCAAUGUCAGAAGCACAAGACAGAAAAACUGACAGGAUUCUGUGAGGACCACAAUCAGCUGAUAUGUCACAACUGCCAUAUCAACAAUCAUCAGAAAUGCAGUCAUGUGGUACUUAUAGCUGACAAAGUGAAAAACCUACAUAAAAAAGGAGUCUUUCAGCAGUUGUCAGCAACUGUUAAUUCACAACACCAGCAAUUGAUACAAAUGAAAUAUGACUUUGAGGAAAAUAUGAAGUCUCUUGAGAAAUCUUACAAAAAAAUUCUGGAAGAAAUCAAUGCUUUACGAAAGACAAUUAAUGAUUCUUUGGAUCUACUGGAGAAGAAUACCAAGAAGGAAUUGGAUACAUUACUGGCCACCAUGAGGACAUCUAUUCAAACUGACAUUGAAAUCUGCUCAAAGUCCAUCAAUAAUAUAACAUGCUUAAAAGAAGAUUUGCAAACAAGAAAAGACAAAAGUGAAGCACUGAGUUUUAUAAAGUAUAGAAAAUGCCUUGACCAGUCCCACAACGUAGAAGCAGUUUUACAAGAAAUGACAUCAAAGAAUGAUAGGACACUAGCCUUUAAUCCUCAUAAAACCAUUCAACAAACCCUGUCCGCCCUCUCAGGAUUGGGAUUUUAUGAUCCUAUCAUAAAAGUGAAGAGAAGUAAGAAGUUUAAUGUGAAGAUAGAAAGGCAUUUACAAGCAUAUAUUGUAAAUUGUGUUGUAUCUGGUAUCUGUGUGACAGCUAUUGGACAACUCCUCAUCACAGACUAUAAUUUCAAGAGUGUAAAGCUCCUGGAUCAGACCUACAAGGUGGUGGCCCACUGUGACUUGCCUGGUAGCCCAUAUUACAUUUGCAGCGUUGAUUCCAGUCUGGUGGCUAUUGCUCUGAUUAACAAUGAAGUCCACUUCAUCAGAGUGACCAAUGAUCAGCUGGUAAAUGACAGGAUACUGGAGCUCCAACAUUACUGCAUGGGCAUUGCCCAUCACAAGAGUAACCUGUACAUUACAGAUGGUAGUGCUCUGUAUCACUAUACUGUGGAUGGAAGACUGGUGAGCAAGAUGUAUAAAGGUACAGAUGAAUGUUCAGUUACGGCGAUUGCAGUGAGUCCAGAUGGAGGUAGGAUAUAUGUGGCCAACUGGAACAGUAAUCAGCUGGUCAUACUGUCCAGAGAUGGCACAGUAAUCUCCACAUUCACUGACCCUGCACUGGACUGGGGACAGCGUGCCCGUCCUGGCCUCCAUGUGACAGACGCAGGACAAGUUCUGGUGUGUGGAUGCAGGUCACACAAAAUCAUCCAAGUAGACAGGGAUGGGAGACAGAGACUGGCAGAGGUGGUCACAUCGAAGGAUGGUGUACGUAACCCUAUAUCUGUCUAUUACAGGAAGCAUACAGGCUCACUCAUUGUGGGAAUGUGGGGCACUGAUGACAUUAUAGUGUUUGAGACACAGUGACUGUUGGAGUAGAAUGAUGCUCAUUUAUAAUAAUAUAUACAUUCAUAUAUAGAGUUGUCAUUUAAUAUCGUGUUCCAGUUUUGUACAAAGUGCAUAUAAGACAUACACUGUAACUCCAAUAUAGCGCGGUCAAUGGGGUCCAAGCCGCGAAACAGCGUUAUAACGGAUCCGCGUUAUAGGUUUUGAGCUCAUUUACUGCAGGGCGCUAUAAACAAAACAGGUAUAGAAUAGCCUAUAAUAUAGGUCAUGUAUAUAUAUUGCCAUGCUGUGUUGACGCAAAUACAUGCAUAUAAACCGAAUUGUAUCGAUAACAGUAUACAUACCGCUUUUCUUAUGUGCACAUUUAUCCAAUAAUCCAAUAAAAUUGCAACAUCACUUAAAAAUAAUAAUCUUGAACAUUAAUGACGAUAUAUGUUUAAGAAAUUCGUAAACACAACCGUACGCAUAUAUGCCAUUUUCAGAAGUGUUAAGAGUACAGUGCAUUAUGGGGCAGAGCUUUCAUUGGACUAGCAACUUUAAAUUUAGAUUGAAUGCAAUACGACUCACGUACAAAAAAUUGUUAUAUUGCGUCAUACGCAUGCAAAAAACGUGUUUCCCGGGGACUUUCUGCUACCGCGCAAAAAUGAAAGUGAAACUCUGUUAACAUUUGCCGGUACACUGCGUUCGCAUGUAAAUAAAUCGUCUGCAUUAUUUAAUUUCUUAUACACGAACUGAAAGAGAUUAAAUGACAUAAUACUAGAAUGAUAAUAAAAUGUUAGAAAAAGUUGUUUUAUACAGUACCGGGUAGGCAGUAUAUUUCACAGCCGCUCAUUUAAUAUAGUCAAACUGCAACCAUAUCAAACAAAGAAUGUUUCAAUCGUUUUGAAUUACUUUAAUUGUAUAACUGUCCCGCUUGCACUUAACUUAUGGAAAUUAUCGCACUGAACCGCUCUGAUGAGGUAUACAUGUAAUAAACAAUGACACGCGAGUUUUUCACACCUUUAUUGACAUUACACAACAGAUUAACACCAAUUAGCUGUCGGUGUUGUUUAACCUCGAGGCAAUUAUAAUCGGUUCAACGGACGGUUGAAUAAAGCAAUCAACAUAACUGUGAUUGUCGCCAUCUUUGAAUUGUCUGAAAAUACAUGAAGUUGCAUUAUACGGAUUUGAAUCAGAAAUAAAAUGGAAGGUUGGAGAAAAAAUGGGAUCCAAGCACCCUCCGCGUUAUAUUGGAUUCAGCGUUAUAACGGAGCGCUUUAUAUUGGAGUUACAGUGUAGUGACUGUUGUAAUAGGACACAUUAAUUAUUUGCCUGUAUAAAAAUAUGAGAAAUUUCCCAUGAAACCAGUCUUUACCAUACUAAUGUUAUUACAAUAUUUGAACAAGAGUUCCGCGGUCGGAGAUGACCGCAUUGA